CUUCCUCCUCUUUUGACAGUUGAGUAGGUUGUGGGGAAGAAAGAAAAAAACGUUUUCUAUUCAUCAAGAGUCUCACGUUUAAUACUUUGUUGACCCCCACUUUCUUCUUCGUCAAAAUCAAAAUUCAUUUAAACCAGAAAUCAUUUUCUCAAUCUCCCUCCUUCCUUCAAAACAACUAGGGUUAGGGUUUCUUCCUCUUCAUCAUCUUUAAUUGAAGCUCCCUUUCUCUUUCAAUUUCUUAUUAGGGUUGGAUUCAAAAUCUUAAUCAAGGUAUUUGAGGUUCUAUUUGGGUAUUCUGGAUCAUCGGAGAGAGCUUAAAUGAAAAUGUGUAUUACUUGAAGAAGAAGAAGAAGAUUUUUCAGGCUCUGUGAUCGAUGGAUCAUAGAGAAAAUCUUUGGUUCUACAAUUGUUUUACAAUUAGUUUGAUGUUCUGUUAUUAUUCAUAAGCUCACUAAGAGGUGGUAAUAUCAGUAGUUAACAAAAGAUAUUAGAAGUGUUUUCUGAAUAUAUAUAUAAUCUAUGGGGGAGUGGAUUGUUGGAGCUGUUAUUAAUCUGUUCGGCAGCAUUGCUAUAAAUUUUGGAACAAACCUCUUAAAAUUGGGACAUAAUGAGAGAGAAAGACUAUCCGCCCUUGAGAGUGAUGGGGGCAAGCUUACGGUGAAACCAAUAAUAUACAUCCAAAGUUGGAGAGUUGGGAUUUUGUUUUUUGCUCUUGGGAAUUGUCUCAACUUCAUUUCAUUUGGAUAUGCUGCUCAGUCACUUCUUGCAGCCCUGGGAUCUGUACAGUUUAUAUCAAAUAUAGCUUUUGCAUACUUUGUUUUGAAAAAGAGGGUGACUGUCAAAAUUUUGAUUGCCACUGCUUUUAUUGUUCUUGGAAACAUCUUUCUCGUUGCAUUUGGCAACCAUCAGUCACCUGUUUACACGACAGAGCAGUUGGCGGAGAAAUAUAGCAACAUUGUAUUUCUUCUUUACUGCAUUAGUUUGAUCUUGGUAGUGGCUUUCCAUCACACUAUCUACAGGAAAGGAGAACUUCUUUUUUCUGUUCAUGGACAUGAUCUUAACUCAUAUUGGAACACGUUGCUUCCAUUUUCAUAUGCCAUCGUGUCUGGUGCUAUAGGUUCAUGCUCGGUAUUAUUUGCAAAAUCUCUGUCGAACCUGUUGAGAUUGACCAUGUCCAGCGAUUAUCAGUUCCAUAGCUGGUUCACAUACUCGAUGUUGCUUUUGUUUCUUAGCACAGCUGGGUUUUGGAUGACAAGACUCAAUGAAGGAUUGGCUUUAUUCGAUGCAAUACUUAUUGUCCCAAUGUUCCAGAUUGCUUGGACAUUCUUUUCCAUCUGUACAGGAUUUGUUUAUUUCCAGGAGUAUCAGGUGUUUGAUGCUUUGAGGACAACAAUGUUCAUAUUGGGAAUGUCAUCUGUGUUUGUGGGUAUUUCUUUGCUGGCACCAGAUGAAUCAAAAGGUGGUGAAAGCAGAGAGUCUACAUCUUUAAUGUCUUCCACCUCUCCAAACAACACAGAUAGGCUGGAUAAACUGCCAACCAUAGAGUCGGAUAUUGAAGAUAUGAGGUCUUCGUUUGUGCAAGCAAUGAUAAAGAGGGUGUCAGCUAUAGUAGUCAAGGCAAAGAGCACGUGUUCAUUGUCAUUAGGUUUAGGAGAGGACACUAUUGGAGCAUCCUCGGUUUUUGUGAUGCCAAUGGUGUCUUCAAGAAUGACAGGAUUUAGAGGAAACGGGUUGACUCGGGGUAAAUUUUCUCCAAGACACCCGGGUUGGACUAAAAUCACAAUUGAUGACAGUGAUGCAGAAAUGCUAGAGACAAGCGCUAUGCUGUCUCAGAACCGUGAUUAGUGAACUCAAGUACAAAACAUGAAGAUGCCUGCCGAUUACAAAAUAGAAAAAGGUAUUUUUUGGACAAAAACAUUCUUUCAUUUCAACUGUAUCAUGAUUGUAUAGAAUCAAUAUUUUCUUUAGUCUGUACGUGUAAUGUAAUUCUAUGGGACCUUGUCUGUAUCAUACCCUUUUAUAGUAUUCAUGAUAUUGUGAUAAUAGUUCAUUCAUCCACAACGAGUUAUCUGUUCCUUUUUUCA